AUGUCCGAAAAAGCCUCUCCCUCUCUCGCAGCCGUCGCCGUUUCCUCUGUCAUCCUUGGCCUGCUGGCAGGCUACUUUAUCGGCCAGGGCUCUAGUAUUGGAGUCUUCGGUGGUUCUGGAAGUGCGAAGCAAGCCAAAAAAAGCUGGCCCAACAGCUACGACGUCAAAGUUCAUGCCGACUCGAGCGACGACCAGGCGGACGAUGAGGACGAAGCGGACGACGAAGACGAAGAUGAUGGGAAAGAGCUGAAUGAUUUCAAGGACUCCACAGAGGAGGUAAAGCUUGUCUUGGCAGUGAGGACUGACCUAGGCAUGGGCAAGGGCAAAAUUGCAGCUCAAUGCUCCCAUGCGACUCUUGCAUGCUACAAAUACCUCCUCAACCAUGUCACCUCGGCCCCUUUACUGAAACGUUGGGAAUGGGGAGGACAACCGAAAAUUGCGGUGCAAGUCAAGUCCGAGGAGGAGUUGGAAACACUUCAAGCACAAGCCAUCAGCUUGGGGCUGUGCGCAAGGAUCAUACACGAUGCGGGAAGGACACAAAUUGCCGCCGGCAGCGCUACGGUCCUGGGUGUUUUGGGGCCUAAGAGCGUGGUUGAUCAAGUCACUGGUCACUUGAAACUACUUUGA